AUGUUAUUUACAAUUUCAUGGGUUUAUGAAGAUCUUUUAGCACAUCCGCAAUAUAAAGUCAUUUUUCAAGAGAAACAAUUGAUACCAAGUAGCAGGAUUGACAAUCAUGUCAUUGAACAAGAUCCCAACAAUGUCCAGGCAAUGACACAAAUUGAUCAAUCAUCAUCUGAAGAAUCAAAAUCAACUUCAAUAAUGAUGCGUACAUCAACUGGUCAAUCAUAUAUUAAUGGAUGGUGGACUUAUGAAUAUUGUCAUAUGAGACAUGUGAAACAGUUUCACCAAAUAAUUCAAGCUGGGAGUCUAAUUGAAGAUACAAGUAGUGAGUCUUAUUUUCUGGGAAAGACAUUAGGUACAGAUUUAGAAGUUGGUGGAGGAAAAAAGUUUUUGUUUCAACGUUGGAGUGAUGGAACUACAUGUGAUUUAACUGGAAAUCCUCGUAGAUUUCAUUGUAAUCCACAAAAUUAUAUUUCUGUAGUUACUGAGAUGUACACGUGUAAUUAUCUUGUAGUUAUUCAUACAUCAUAUUUAUGCGCUCAUCCUGCUUUUCAUGAUACAUCUUUCUCAAAGAUCAAUCCAAUUGAAUGUAGACCAGUGGUACCUGAUGCAUAUUAUCAACGCGCUUUAGAAAAAGGAUUAGAAACAAGAUUUAAAUCAAAAAAACCAGAAUCAACAGAUAAAAAUAAAAAGGAUACAGCAAUAACUCAAAAUAAAAAACAAUUCGAAAGGUUGGUUGCAAUAGCAAAUAAAUUGCUUGAUCAGGAAUAUUUACAUGAUUUGGCCAGGAGGCCUGAAUUAUAA